AUGACUACAAAUUUUAAGAUGUUAUAUAAAGCCGAAGCAGCUGAAAAGGUGCUGAAAGAUGCGGCGGAGCAUACAGCAGUUGAGACACAGCAGGCACCCAAAAGUCCCCGAACCACUCGCACGGAAAAACGAGGAAGGGAUUCGCCUGGAGAGCAGGAAGGCACGAAAAAGCAACGGAACGUGCAAGACUUUGCCAGCGUUCUGAAGGAACGUGUCAAGGAUGUUUUAAUAGCAACCUAUGAGGUCGCUAGUUUUACAAUUAAUGAAGCAAAUGAUUCCGUUGUGUAUAGUCAGAAUGCAACUAACGCUGAGAAGACAUUGUCAAGGGCAAAGAGGUUUCUGCUAUUCCCAAAAAGUGCUUUAGCACUUGUGACCAUUGCGGCAGCGAAAAUUCUAAUAUUUCGUUAUCCAGCGACGUCUUUUGGUCUUAUAGAGUGGGAUUUGUUAUACCCUCUUCCAGACUAUACAAACCGCAUUUCGCAAUUUAAACUUGGUGAAAUAUUUAUGAAGGCAAAAGGGCCAGUGUUACCUCCCCCGACGGCUCCAAAGCCAACAACGACAUCGAAACCACCCGCACCCACAGUUCCGUUGAAAUAUUCACAGCAUGAACAUCACCUCGGGCAUGAAGUAUCGGAAAUAGAGAUACAAUCGUAUCUGAAAGAUCAUCCGGAAACAUGGGUACCUCCGGGAUAUGGCAAAGAUAGAUCGGACUGGUUCGCACCAAACUCCUACAAUCCAUAUCAGCAACCAGGCAUAAGCCCGAUUUAUGAGUCUUACAAACGACGCGAUCAGACAAAUUUCAAUCGCAAAGCGGCAGCUGUGGACGAUUCAAAUGGUAACGAUUUUAUAGAAGAGGAAGACAGGUUUAACAUCAGUCAACAUCGCGAUUGGGAAAAUUUCUAUCACUACCGCGAAAGGCGAGAUUUGUAUCAUACAAUUGAACACAUUUUAGGGCACAGCCACCGGUUGCAGAUGAAAUCGUGUGUUUUGCGAGCCAUAUGUGAAGCGCGAAAUCUACUUCUUCCACAAGGAAAGUCCAUGAUGGUGGAUAUAGUCAGGCUUGUGUUCAGUGUUCCAUUAAAGGAUGACCUUCAAGAUGACUACAGCAAAGCGAUGAGACAUGAAAAUUCCAAUUGUGCGGCUGUUUAUGGCGAAAAAUGCGCCAUUAGUAUUCUGGCGCUGGUUCUUUUCGGAAAAUUUGAACCCUCCAAUGAUUGA